AUGACAAACAUUGGGGCAUUACUAAUCAUUUCAGUCGUCUUGGCGAAUCCAAUCGACCGAUCAGAUUCUCCGAAAGAUAAGCUGACACAGGAACUUAAUAAAUUAUUAAAUGUCAAUGAUUAUUUGGUCGUACCAAACAACCGGCAAGCAACAGCGACCACAGAAACAACGUCAACAACAACAGCUGAACCAAAAACUACCACGGCUGAACCCACGACAACAUCUGUUGAGACAACCACUACUGCAGAGCCAACGGCAAAGUCUUCUGAGCAAACUACAACUACAGAAGAGCCCACAACACAAACUACUGAACAGCCAUCAACCAAAACAGCUGAACCCACUACAACAGCUAUUGAAACCACUACUACUGCUGAGCCAACGACAACUUCUGGACAGCCAACGACCACAACAGCUGAGCCUACUACAACUACAGAAAAGUACACGACUAUAACUACUGAACAGCAUACAUCCACAACAGCUGAGUCAACAACUACAACAACUGAGCCCACUAAAACUACAGAAGAGCCCACGACAACAACCACUGAACAGACAACGACUGUUACUGAGUCAACAACUACAAUAGCUGAACCAACAACUACCACGGCUGAACCCACGACAACAUCUGUUGAGACAACCACUACUGCAGAGCCAACGGCAAAGUCUUCUGAGCAAACUACAACUACAGAAGAGCCCACAACACAAACUACUGAACAGCCAUCAACCAAAACAGCUGAACCCACUACAACAGCUAUUGAAACCACUACUACUGCUGAGCCAACGACAACAUCUGCAGAGCCAACGACCACAACCGCUGAGCCUUCUACAACUACAGAAAAGUUCACGACUACAACUACUGAACAGCAUACAUCCACAAAAACUUCAACAACAGACGAGCCCACGACAGCACCUACUGAACAGCCAAAAACCACAACAGCUGAGCUCACUACAACAGUUGUUGAAACAACUACUACUGCAGAGCCAACGACAACUUUUGCUGAUCCAACGACCACAACAGAUGAGCCCACUACAACUACAGAAGAGCCCACGACCACAACUACUGAAAAGCCAACAUCCACAACAGCUGAUUCAACAACUUCAACAGCUGAGUCCACUAAAACAACCACUGAACAGAUAACGACUGUUACUGAGUCAACAACUACAACAGCUGAACCAACAACUACA